CAGUCACAUACCAAAAAAAGACCAAAAAGAAACCACUGAAGAUUAUUAUUUUUUUAUGUUUAUAACAUGAUUUAGUAAAAAAAUUAUUUAUUAUUAUAAAUGUUAUCAUUAUUUUACAGUUGUCUGAGGUCAAAGUCAUUAUUUUUCUUUUUCAAAUUACAAUUGGAGAAACACCGCCCUCUAGCGACGCCUCCUGAGUACUACAGCUGAAGCGGCUUCUUCCGGAUUCUCCGGUCAGCUGAUUAAAAACCCGGAAGUAAACACUGUCCCCCUCAGAGUUGCAGCAAGAAACGACUGCACGUGGAUUUAUUAAGUGUACACGGAUGUUAACAGAUGUUUUUUUGUGGUUUAUUGUUAUUUACGGUUGUUUUUAAUUCAUGGGCGUGACGUCACAUCCUCAAAUAUCCUUUUAAAACAGCGUGGUUUUGAUUUGUGUGUCUGUUUUUCUGCAGCAGGUGUGGGUUUGUUUGUUUUUUUCACCCCCCGAUUUUCACUCGUUUCACUUCGUUUAUUCAGGUGGCCCAGUGAGGCUGCAGGUGCAGCUGCUGACCCCUCCUCCUGAUGAAGGUGUUUCGCAGUCCGGGCCGUCAUGGUUACGCUGUGGAAGCUUCACCGUUCCUGCCUCGCAGAUUUGCCUGUGCUGCCUCGCAGUUCUACGGCCUCACUGGCUGUGGUUCUCUCCUGGUCCUGGACAACUCUGACUCUGGAGUUACUCUAUUCAGAAGCUGGGAGUGGAGUGACGGUUUGUUUGACGUGACGUGGAGCGAAACCAACGAGCACGUGUUGGUCGCUGGGGGUGGAGACGGCAGCCUGCAGCUGUGGGACACAGCCAAUCACAGCGCUCCGCUGAGGGUGACCAGAGAACACACUCAAGAGGUGUACUCUGUAGACUGGAGUCAGACCAGAGGAGAAAACCUCAUCGUCUCUGGUUCGUGGGAUCAAACGUUGAAAGUGUGGGAUCCAACUCUCAGCCGCUCACUGACGACGCUCAGAGGUCACGAAGGGGUCGUCUACAGCUCCGUUUGGUCGCCUCACAUCCCAGCAUGCUUUGCUUCAGCCUCAGGGGACGGGACGCUCCGGGUCUGGGACGUGAAAGCCGCCUCCUGCCGCUUGGUCAUCGCCGCUCACCACGCCGAGGUCCUGAGCUGCGAUUGGUGCAAAUACGACCAGAACAUUGUGGCCACAGGCUCAGUCGACUGCAGUGUGUGUGUGUGGGACCUGAGGAACAUACGGCAGCCUGUUGCUCGACUGAGAGCUCAUAACUACGCCAUCCGCAGAGUCAAGGUACACACUCGCCCACACACGCUGUGUGUGUGUUCCUGCAGGUUCUGGGAUUACAGUCAGAACCAGCAGCCUCUUCUGGACACGUUAGAACAUCACACAGAGUUCGUCUGUGGAUUAGACUUCAGCCUGCACGUCCCCAACCAGGUGGUGGACUGUUCCUGGGAUGAGACGGUGAAGGUCUACACUCCCACAUGUCUCCCUGCUGCUGCCCAAAGUCCAACACUGUAGGACAGAUGGACAGACAGACAGAUGGACGUCCCCCCGCCCUCGUCUUCACCCGUCACACAGACUCUGACAACCGGACGUGUCCUCAAAACUGAGACAGGUCCUCACAGAGGUGGCAAAACAAGCCUGCUCACACACACAGAGACAUGUCCGUCAACAGUCGUUUAUAACAUUAUAUACUAAUGUUUAGUGUAGAUAAUGAAUAUAUUAAAGUUUUGUUUGUAAACUCACUCAC